UAUUAAUGCAAAAUUCUGAUGCAGACUAAGUAUUAAUAAAAAAUCUAUUAAUAGGAAUGUCUGGGUCUGUUUGAUCCAAAUACUUACUAAGAGGGUUAAGGUCCUAGACUUGGAAAUUGUUAUAUUCCACCAACAUAUGAAGAAUUAAUGGCAGCAUCUACUGAAAAUGGAUUAAAUCUAUUACCUAACAAUAAGGAGAAGUUUUUUGAGUUUAUUCUAAAAGAACAAGUAUAAAAAUAUUUUAAUUUUAGUAAGUGAGAUUGAAUCCCAAAGUGUAAUAAUUAUACAAAGAUAUGAAUCAUUCAAGUGCUGUUGAGCAUGCUAUUCAUUCUGAAUUAUUUAAGAAUUUUGGAUAUGAUGAUUCCUCUCUUAAUCAUUAACUCUAUUUUGCCUUAACAAGAAAAUAUUCAAAUGAUCCUGAGCUUAAACCUAAAGUAUUUUUCUGGAGAAAUAAUGUAAUGCAUGGGAGCAGAGUUAAACUAUAAGAAAUUGCUCCACCAAUACCAUUAUUGACACUUGAAAAUAAAGAACUCUAAUUACAACAAUUAUUAGAAUCUGCUCAUGAAGAGCAAAAAAUUUGUGUUAUAUUUGGAGGAAGUUACACAUGACCUCCAUAUAGAGAUU